CACAGGAACACCUCAGCAAGCAAGAGUCCAAAAGUGGCAGGCUAAAACCCAUAACCGCAAUCCAUGGUUGAUACCAGAUGGGCACACAGAAGACUGGGCGACUUGGAAGGUGCUGAACAGACUACGCUCUGGUACCACGAAAUGCAGAGCCAACCUUAAGAAAUGGGGCCACAAAGUGGAAUCCACAACAUUGCGAGUAUGCACAGGCCACUGACUACAAUGCAGCCACAUGCACAGUGGAGGACCUUCUCAGAGUGACACCAGAGGCAUUUUUAGUACCCAGAUUCUAGUCAAAGGAAAUCUAGUAUAAUGCCAAGUUUUUAACUUUGUUUGUUACCCUCCAUUCGCUUCUGACACAAUAAAAGGUAUGAAGGGAUGGAAGAAAGAAAAGGCAUGAAAGGAUGGGGAAAGGUAUGAAGGGAGGGGAAAAAUAAAGAAAAAAGGGUUGAAAGCACGAGGCAAUGGCUCUUCUGACACCUGGCCAACGCUGGGUAUUUUUUUGAGGAAAAUUUUUAUUAAAUUUUUAUACUACAUCGAAAGAAUGAGAACAACCGAGGUAUAGAAAAGUAGGAAAAAGGAAGAAGAGUAAAAUCUACAAUCUACAGAAAUAUAGCCCACACACAACCAAAGGGGGGGGGGGGGGGGAGGUUGUGACUUCCAUUCCAUCUUCUUGGAAAAUAUUUUCUUUUUUAAAACAUUUUUAUUGUUAUUAUUAUUUGAGAAAAAGUUACAAUUAUAUAAACAUAUUUUAUACAUUUCCCCCUCUUUUAUUUACAUUCACCCCUGUGCUCCCCUUCCCCAGAGCCAUCUCUUCUUCUGUAGUCCCACCAAAAGUUCAAUUCUUCAUUUGGAGGUAAAUUCCCAUCUUCUUUUUCCAAUAAUUUUUCUAGAAAUUUUCUCCAAAUACUUUCAAAAUCACUUUUUUCCAUAAUCCCUUAUUUACUUUUAAAUUUGAUGUUAGCUUGUCAUUCGGUGCCAUUCGCCAAACUUCUUUAUACCAUUCAUUAAUUUGUAUUUUCAUUUCUCCUUUCCAAUAUUUUGCAAUUAGUAAUCUAGCUGCUGUUAAUAGCAUGUCUAUUAAAUUUUUCCCCUCUUAUCUUUCUCAUCCUCUUUUUUAAUUAAAAGUAAUAUUUCCACUGGAUUCCUUCUAAUUUUUAUAUUCAUAAUAUUUUCUGUUUCCCUUAUGACCAAUACCCAAAAACCUUUUACAUGUUUACAAUCCCACCACAUAUGCAUGUAGGUUCCAAUUUCCUGGCACCCUCGCCAGCAUUUUUCAUUAUUAUUCUUAUUCAUAAUAUUUAACCUUUUCUUAUUAUUCAAAAAUAUUUUUCCUUACUAAAAAAAAAGAAAGCAAAAAAUAGUAAAAUUGUCUCUUGUAAUCUUCAUUUUCUCAAGUUAUCCAGAUAAUCUUGAAGAUCGUCCCAAUUUGUUCUUUUCAUUAUCUUGCCUGUAUUUUUCUUCAACAAAAAAGUCAGUUCGUCCAUAUCCUUUAUUUCUCUUAUCUUCUCCACUCACUCCUCAAUUGGUGGGACUGAUUCCUGUUUCCAUUCUCUAGCAAAAACAAUUCUAGCGGAGGUCGUAAUAUAAGUAAAAAGUUUAUCUUCUUGUUCAGUCAAUUGUAAGUCUAAGUCUGUAAAUCCUAAUAGGGGGUCCCCAAACUACCUGGCCCCCGCCCUCAGUUUUAUAAUAUAAUAUUUUUGUAUUAGUUUUAAUAAUAUAAUAGGGUUGUUGUAUGUCUUUGGGCUGUGUGGCCAUGUUCCAGAAGUAUUCUCUUCUGACGUUUCGCCCACAUCUAUGGCAGGCAUCCUCAGAGGUUGUGAGGUAUGGAUAAACUAAGUAAGGAAAGGAAAGAAUAUAUAUCUCCGGAGAGUCCAGGGUGUGGCAAGAGUCCUUUGUCACUGGGAAGCCAGCAUUAAUGUUUCAGUUAAUCACCCUAAUUAGCAUUGGAAAGGUUUUGUCUCUUGCCUGGGGGGCAUCCUUUGUUCAGUCAUUAGCCGUCCUUGGGGCUCCUCUGCCCUCAGAGUGUUGGUUCCCAUCUACUGUUUUGAUUUUGGAGUUUUUUAAUACUGGUAGCCAGAUUUUUUUCAUUUUCAUGGUUUCUUCCUUUCUGUUGAAGUUGUCCACAUGCUUGUGGAUUUCAAUGGCUUCUCUCCAAAAUCAAAACAGUAGAUGGGAACCAACACUCUGAGGGCAGAGGACAGCUAAUGACUGAACAAAGGAUGCCCCCAGGCAAGAGACAAAACCUUUCCAAUGCUAAUUAGGGUGAUUAACUGAAACAUUAAUGCUGGCUUCCCAGUGACAAAGGACUCUCCACAGAUAUAUAUUCUUUCCUUUCCUUACUUAGUUUAUCCAUACCUCACAACCUCUGAGGAUGCCUGUCAUAGAUGUGGGCAAAACGUCAGGAGAGAAUACUUCUGGAACAUGGCCACACAGCCCGAAAGACAUACAACAACCCUGUGAUCCCGGCCAUGAAAGCCUUCGACAACACAAUAAUAUAAUAUAUUGUAUAUACAUAUAAUAUUGAUAAUAAUAUUAUGUUAUACAAUAUAAUACUAAUAAUAAUACCAUAUAAUAUUAAUUAUAUGUUAUAUAUUACAUAUAUAAUAGUAUAGUGGUAUAGUUCAAUAUAUAAUUAUAUAAUGCUAAUAUUGUGUUAUGCUAAUAAUAUAAUAUAUUGUAUGUACAUACAGCUGCUCUGAGUCCCCUUCAGGGUGAGAAGGGUGGGAUAUAAAUGUAGUAAAUAAAUGCAGUAAAUAAAUAAUUAAUUUUAAACUUAGACUCGGCCAAAGUCUGAAAUGACUUGAAGUCACACAACAACAACACUCCUAAUUAACUUGACUAUUUCAUUGGCCCACACUUUCCAUUGAAAUCCUGAUAGGUUUAUGUUGGUUUAAAUUGUUUUCAUUUUAAAAUAUUGUAUUGUUCUUCCGUUGUUGUUGUUGUUGUUUCACUACAAAUCAGACAUGUGCAGUAUGCAUAGGAAUUUGUAUUUUUUUUUCAAAUGAUAAUUUGGCCCCACAACAGUCUGAAGGAUUGUGGACCGGCCCUCUGCUUCAAAAGUUUGAGGACCCCUGGAUAAUACUCUGGUUUUCUUAUAAAUGUUCUUUUUAAAAUCUUUUGUGAUUCUUCAUGAAUCUUCAUCCAAAACUUUCUUGCUUCUUUACAAGUCCACCGUAUGUGAUAGAAGGACCCAACUUGUUCUUUACAUUUCCAACACUUAUCAGAAACUGUUAUCAGAAACGCUGGGUAUUUUUGGUAGUAUCUGAUACCCAAAAAACAACAAAGGAAGAAGAGUAAGGACAUGUGGGAAAUUAUUUUGUGACAUCACAAAGUCUUUGGACACAUUGUCAUGAAACUGAGAUUGGGUCACUUGAUUUGGUCACAUCCCCUCGCUGUGGCUGCUGAUUCUUUUCCGUUGUCUACAUUCAGAAUGACAGCAAAACAUUUUAGAGGAAGUGUCAGUCAUAGCCUGCUCUUCCGCCCCCGCACAAACUUUCACUUCCAGUCAUAAGAUACAUGGCAAAGGACGUGUAGGCAUUUGCAAUGUAAUGGGUUUUCCUGGAACCGUGAUGAAAAUAAAAUUUCCGCCAGCGAGGAAAUGACAACAUUAUAAAACGGGGGUCACUUUGUUCAGCUGCCAAGUGAAAGAUUGUUCAGCUGCAUCGCCAAGGUGAAAGUCCAAAUUUCUUUAGAUACCUGCUCAUUUCUCAAUGGAAAGCAACGGCUUCCUUUAUGUUUACAACUUGGUCCAAGAUUACUUGAAACACGUUUCCCAGGAACCAGAGUUUGAACCGGCACUCAGCAAACCGGCCCAAGUCUUACGAAAAGUGGCUUCUUCGCUUCAGGAAGAAGUUGAAGACAACCUAAGGCCGUACCUGGACUCGCUGGAGAUCAGUUCUGUGGAUGAUGCCAGGCAAAUCUUCGGCCAAGUGAUGGAAAGGGAGUUUGCCGAUGGGCAGAUCAACUGGGGACGGAUUUUAACUAUAUUCCUGUUUGGAGGAAUCUUGACCAAAAAGCUCCAAGGAUGCGGUGUCCCUUUGACGAAAGAAAACCUGGAGCAGAUGUCUCAUUUUAUGACUGACUAUAUUGUAAAGACCAAAACAAAAUGGAUCAAUGACAAUGGAGGAUGGGACAAUGGCUUUGUUGCAAGGUUUGAGGACAAAGAUUCCUGGCUGUCCUUGCACAACGUGAAGUCAAAAGUGAUGGCUGUUUUCUCAUUCUUCAGCCACUAUUACUGAAGGAACGUGGUUCCUUGGUUAUCACAGGACAUGAAUGCAGUCGGAUCUUGGAUGCCAAGAACACUGAGGCUGCUGCUGCACUGAGCCAGAAAGCACUUCCUUUUCUAUGUUUCUAUUUAUACGCUAUUUAUUUGUAAAUACGUAAUUUUGCAUUAUAUUAAAAAAGCCGCAGCGUAACCAACCAGCGAUACAUCAGGGUAUCACAAAAUGAACAAGCAGUUUCAAUUGCAUGUCCUAUGAAAUAUAGGAAAUCUUUCAAACCACCAGAUUGUAGUUGCCUAAUAUUUUUCCAUCUGUUACUAUUGAGGAUGAAAAACGCAGUCAAAACCUAAACUUUCGAUGUUAUCUAGCUGUACAAAAAGAUGGCCUUCUUUAUAAAUAUCACUUAGUAAGUUA